UGCUUGUUGCGCUCUCGUCGACUUUGCCGCCCUGCAGUUUCCCCCUGCACCUAUGAAGCCUUGGAGUAAAAGCUGCCAACCCCUCAAUUUGAUUCACUUCCUGUAGUCAGACUCCUUCCCAAAAGUGAGGAGAGAGAGAGAGAGAGAGAGAGAGAGAGAGAGAGGGGGAAACAGGGGGAAAGGAAGAAAUCUUUCUGUUCUAAAUAAGGCUCUCUGUGGAGCAGCAAGCAGCUCCUCGCCUCUGCAUUGCUUCAUAAGUUUUCUAGUUUGUGUCAGUGGUGGUCAGAUCUUCGCGCACAGCAACUUUUUUUUUUUUUUUUUUUUUUUUAAAGAGAGAAAGCAUUUCGCGUUUAAAAAACAAAACUGUGCGCCAGUUUACGCCCGAUGCAUGGUGUACGGAUGGUACAAGUUCUGACGCCCAUCGCCGAACCUUCUCCUGAAUCCACGCACCGAGUUUGGAGACACUGUACGCUGUGAGACUCCAGGGGUUCAUGUACUGGAAAAAUGAAGUUUUGUCCCCUCUAUCAGAGGGAAACAAGAUUCUGUCCGAAGGAAUUCCCACGAAGCAGGUGAUCUCUACCGAGCAUCAGAGUACACCGGGAGCCUCGCGCUGCAGUGUGGACUCUAAACACGCGCCAAUGUCUCACUCGGACGGAGAAUCCCAGCGGUCCAACAUGGAGCGGGACGACACUCGCUCGUCCCCCAGCACCCCGUCCACCCCCUCCGUGUGCUCGCCGAUCUCCACCACCAGCUCGGUGCCGUCCACCGGGAAGAACAUGUGCGCCAGCUGCGGUCAGGAGAUCGUGGACAGAUACUUGCUGAAGGUGAACAACCUGAUCUGGCACGUGCGCUGUCUGGAGUGUUCCGUCUGCAGGACGUCGCUACGUCAGCACAGCAGCUGCUACAUCAAAAACAAAGAGAUCUUCUGUAAAAUGGAUUAUUUCAGUAGGUUUGGUACUAAGUGUGCCCGCUGUGGGCGGCAGAUAUACGCCAGCGACUGGGUGCGCCGUGCAAGGGGAAAUGCAUACCACUUGGCAUGUUUUGCGUGCUACUCGUGUAAGAGGCAGUUGUCCACGGGAGAGGAGUUUGGCUUGGUGGAGGAUAAGGUCCUGUGUAGGAUCCACUACGACACCAUGGUGGAGAAUCUCAAACGAGCGGCAGAGAGUGGCAAUGGUAUCACGUUAGAAGGAGCAGUUCCAACAGAACAAGACAGUCAACCUAAACCGGCCAAAAGGGCACGAACAUCCUUCACUGCAGAACAACUACAGAUCAUGCAGGCUCAGUUUGCCCAGGACAACAAUCCAGAUGCCCAGACGCUACAGAAACUAGCCGACAUGACAGGCCUCAGCAGGAGAGUUAUACAGGUGUGGUUUCAAAACUGCAGAGCAAGACACAAAAAGCACACGCCCCAGCACAGUGGGGCUCCCCAAGGUCAUCCCCAGUCCAGGAUACCCUCGUCCCUGCCCGAUGAGCUGCAUUACUCCCCCUUUGGCAGUCCUGAGCGGGCGCGCAUGGUGGCCCUUCAUGGGUACAUCGACAGUCAUCCCUUCUCUGUGCUGACCUCUCAGAGUCUCCCUCACCAGACCAUGUCGCUGCCCCAGCUCCCCCUCAGCCGCUAGUGCUCCACCACUAUGACCCUUAUGACCCCUAAACCUCUGGAUCCUAACCCUUCAUCUCCCAUCACUGACGUCUGUGACCACAGGUCACGCAGGAGUCAGCUUGGAGAAAAGACACAUCUUACAGGAGCCCUGCCCACUCGGAAACAGAAAAAGAAAUGGAAAGGAAGAGGAAAAACUAAGACACAUCCGUCCCUGUGUUUUUUUUCUUUCUGAGGACAGGAAUAUCCCACCUGCAGCCACUCUGUCAAAAAUGAGCGUGAAGCAUUUAUCAUUAGCAGGAACUCACUGACUGUAUUUUACACCGCCGAAAAGGACCCAUUUUACUUCACAUGUACAGCAUCCUCCACUCGACUCAUCCGCCCUCUGACUUGAAGGUGGAGGGAGUUUUAAAGGGAUGAAACUGAACGAGGAAGCAGGACUGACGCCUCUUGAAUGAUGUCAGAAUACUGAAGAUAAAGAAUGAGGGGGAAAUUUAAGGGGGAAACUGUCAUUGUGGCCCAAGGGCCAGGCACACACAAUAGGCCACAUUAGAGGUAAGACACCUCUCUCUUUUCUCUCUAAGCAACCAUGAAGGAAAACUACAUGUAAAUGAAAAAAUGUUGACUCGAAAAAUUUUCUUUAGGAAUGACAAUGUGACUUUAUGACAUCUAAAAAAAAAAAAACUGAAACUUCCCAGUUACAUUUGGUCACUGAAAUGAGGUGUAGAAUUAGAUUUUUUGUUAAAGAAUAAAAAUAUUGUGUGCCUUAUCUUUUCCAAUAUUAUCAGAACCUAUAGUUGUUGACAGCAGUGAAUCAGCUAAUUUAAAUUCCAGCCCAUAAUUCAUCAUUAAAGAAAGAUUUGGAUGUUUUUUUUAACUUAAUUGUGUUGAACAAAAUUACGAGGAUUUUAAAUCUUCCGUUAGUAGAAAAUCACAAAAUAUGUCCACGGGCAGCCUGUGACUGUUAAUCAUGAAGGAACCAUAAAGCACAAUGUCUGGG